AUGACAUCCAAUGAUUGCGACGAAAGUGCUGAAAUUGAUGAAUAUCAGGAAAAUGCUGGAUCGGUGAUCAACACAUCAGGAUAUUUUAGCCAUGUGGACGAGUGUUUUGCUUUAACUGAACAGGUUCCGGCGACAUACUCAUCUGGCACGACAAAAACAAAACUAACGUGUUUUGAUGUUGGCCAUAAUUAUAUUGCAUUUGGGAGUAGCUGUGGUACUUUGUUCCUUUUCAAUCGUCGAUUAAAUCGCAGCGCUACUCCCUUACGAACAAAUACCGAUGAUCUCAUUACAUGUAUAAAACUUUCCUCAGGAAAAUGUGAUUUGCUCGCCGCAGGGCAUUGUUCCGGAAGCCUUGCAAUACUGAAUUUCCCAACCGGGAAGCCCGGUUCGACCAGAAAAUUGGAACAAACUCUGUCAUUUGAUGGACAUAAGGGGCAUGCAAUCAGUUGUAUUGCUUGGGCAGAAGAUGGAAAAAGAGUGUUUUCUGCCGAUGAUGCUGGCAUUGUGGUCGUCACUUCAGUAGAUUUUAUUCAUAAUGUCUUUCAAACAACAUUUAUCAGCCUCGAACAUUCUUGUGUGAUGCAAUUAACUCAUGCCUACAAUCUCUUAGCCCUCUGCACUGUCAAGAGAGUGGCUGUUAUUGAUGAAAAAUUUUUUGAUUCUAUUCUGGAAAUCGAUCAACAUCAACAGAAAGCUAUUAGUAUAAAUCUAAUUGCUAAACCCUGUGGAGCAGAAUUGUUCGUUCUUCAGUCGGAUGGUUUCAUAAUUAUUUACAAUAUUUCCUAUGGUGAGAACAAAAGAAGUUUUAGUGUGUCGGAGAACGUAAUGCAAAAGAUACCACAGCAGAUUUUUCAAGAUUUUUCAACUGACUGCAGGUCACAGCAGUGGAGAUCAUGUAUGUUAGCGGUGCAUUCACAAAUUUUUAUAGUUUAUCUCUGCAAUUAUAUUGUUUUAUUGAACUGUGAGGAUGAGACGAAAACGUUAUCAUCAUUUAAUAUUGACUCUCUUUUCCACGACAGAACAUUUGAAACAUCUGUUUGUGUUGAUCCAAAAUUCUCAUGUCCAACUGUUUAUGUCCUUGGCCCAGACAAUCGUGUUUUUCGUCUCUCCUCGGAUGAAGUUCCUUCAUAUCUAACAGAAGCUCGCGAAACACACAAGGAAUUCACUUCGCGAACUUUCUUGUCCUCUUUUCAAAAAACCACUAAAUUACUGCCGAAUGCUUCGAAGGAUGUAUUUUUGGAUGGCUUGAAAGUGGCAAAAGAGAUGAAUAUCUUUUCUACGUUACGUAAUUUUCCCCUUCCGGCCUUGAAUGAUGUGCCUGAUCUGAACUGCAUUCUCCAUGAUAAUCUCAACUGCAGUUCUCUUUGUAAUCAAUCAUCGAAUGGCGAUUCGUGUGGUAAUAAGUCGACGAAUAUCGCAGCGCAUCAAGACAAGAAUAAUAUUUCGAAACAUUUUGAGCAGAUGCAAAUACAACAAAACAAUAUUAUAGAAAAUGUCAACAAGGUGGCACAAACAUUAGUUGAUAGAGUGGGCGGAUUUGGUACACAGGUCGAAGAUGGCUUUCCAGUGCAGUCCAUAUAUGAUACUGAUUCUGUGGACGUAGGAGAAACAUUAUUUCCAGUUGAACAAGCCGGCAUUCUUCAAGAAAUUAUGGUACGUAGAACGAAAACGGCUCCUACAAGUAAGCGGAAGAAAGCUGAAAAAGUGGAUGAUAUUGAUAAACAUAGUUCAAUGGAUUCAUCUAAGGAGGAUCUAAGCCCUGUUGAUGAGUAUACGUUGAAAAGCAUUAAAGGAGCACUUACAAUUCCUUUACAAAGUGGCAAAGUGAAUUCCCAGCCUCAGAACGAUUUCCAUGAUGGCAGUAUCGAACAAAUAGUUGGCUGCAGCGAAGAAAGUCAAGAAGUGCUUCGGAAUGGUGAACCGAAUGAUGGUGAGGAUAUGAAAAGUGAAGAGCAUGAUCCAGUAACAGAGCAAUCCAUGACAGAAAUUGUAAUGAAUUCAUCAGUGCAAGAAAUACCGGAAGAGGGAAACGCUUAUGAAUUUUUAAUGAAGGGUGCGCUAGAGAGAAAGCCUUCUGUUUUCGAGAGAGCAACAAUCAGUGUUAUGUGUUGCCCAAAUGAUGAACACCUAAUCAAAGACGUUAUUGUGAUGAAUAAUUUCAGUGAUAUUUGGAGCGAGAUAAAGUUACCAUAUUCCUGUUCUUCUUUUUCUGUUUCUUCUGAAUAUCUUAUUAUUUGUCAUUCAAAAAAGAAAAGAAGACCUCAUUAUUUACUUAUUCCUUAUUGUGGUACUCCGCAAUGGAUGAAAUUGAAACAAAAAGCGGAUCAUUUUGUUGUUAAUGAUAGUGGCACCUUGCUGUGGAAAAUUUUUAAAAAUGUUGCAUUUGCGCCCGCGGAAAGUGACAGUGGAUCUGGUUCCUUUUUGACAACUUCUCAUUGGACUGUUGUUGCUGAUGAGGGUGGUGGUGUUAUUGAAGCUACACUAACUAGUCGUUCAGCUUGGUAUAUAACAAAGUCAAGAGAGGUUUUUGUGCAGCUAUGCUUGCCAGAAAUGGGAAUUCUCAGUAGAUGUGAAACAUCAUGGCCAUUACACUCUAUUACUGCAAGUGAAUUGGCAGUUUGGGCGCUACAAGUUGAAUCAGGUCGCCUUGUAGUACGUACUGGACUAAAACAUAGUCCAAUUGGAUUGGAUUGGGUUGAAGUUGCGCUUUAUGGACCUACACGUUUGAUUAGCAUUUGUUUAUAUGGUCAGAGCGGUUGGGCAAUUGAUGAAAAGCGUUCAUUGUGGUUCACAAAUGGUGUGGGAUAUCAAAGCCCAUUUGGUUGCACAGGAAGCUGGAUGAAAGUUUAUAAUCCGUGGGAUGUUUCACCGGAUUUUAAUCGGUUGUUGACUUUGCCAUGGGUUAUUCGCGUCUCUUCGGCCGGAGUUUUUGUAUGUACCGACCGUAAGUGUUAUUGGUCAUCAUCUAGUUCUCUUUCUGGGCAUCGUCUGGAACACAUUGUGCGCGGUAAGCUCUCAGUGGACAACAAUUUCGAAUUAAUAGCAGGUGGAGGUUUGACAGAAGAUUUUGGUGAGUAUUUUGAAUCGCUGCCGAAACUUGUUUUAAUAAUUGAAAUAUCAUCCUUUGACGAGAGUGUGUAUGUGUUGGAUAGUUCUGGUUGUAUAUACGUGAAGGAAAAUAUAAGUACUGCUUCUCCAUUUGGUGUUGAUUGGAAAAUCUUGGAUACAGGUUCACCAAUAAUAUCGUUUACUGUUACAUCGGUUUCAUUGUGGGUAGUUACGGCAGCUAAUGAGGCUUAUUUAUAUGUAAAAAAUAAGAAGGAACCAUUAGUUGGUACAAACCCUACAUGGAUUCAUGUGAAGGCUUUAGCUGGUUGUGUAUUCGAUAAGAUUCGUGCAUCUUCUAACGGAAUGUAUGUAUGGGUCUUUUCAAAGAACAGUGGGCGUGCCUGGGCUCGUAAUUCUAUUACGGAAAUGCUUCCUUCUGGAAAGUCAUGGACAGAGACAAAUGAUGAGCCUGGUGUUUAUGACUUGGCUGUGGGAUGUAAAAUAAUCUGGUCUCUUUCCGCUUCUGGACAGCUUCACAGGCUUCAAGGUCUUGCUAUGAGUGUUCGAGCUGGGAAUUAUUGGAAACCGGUUCCAGUUUAUUUAAAAACAAUAACUCUCGAUAGGAAAGAACGGUUAUGGGGUAUCGACUUCAACAGGCGAUUGGUUUCUCAUAAGCUGAAUUGUACCCUCCUACCAGUGAUGAUUAGUUUAUGGCCUGAUGAACCCUAA